AUGUCGGAGUCAUCAAGGGACGAGCAAGAAGAACGAAUCCUUCCACGACGAGAGGGAAGAAGAUUGCAUCUAACAAAUGAAGAAUGGCAGAUGAUAGAAAUAGCAAACAGGAAUGUGAAGGUGGAAAACGAAAGGAAAAUGGUUACACAGGCUGAAUCAGAGAGGAGGAGGUUGAUCAAAAAGCAGAGAAAGAUGUCAAAUUCUCAAUCUCAAUCUUCACCUACUGUAGACUUAUCAGAUGCUCAAGAUCAAGGCAUAAAUAUGAACAUGGUUCAUAAUCAGGUCAGUGGUGAUCAUGUUGACUUUGAUGUUGAUAAGGGUAUGGAUAUGUCAGAGGAUGAGGACGAUAUUCCACUUGAUUCUAAGAAAAGAAAAAAGAGGGUAGUGACUUCUAGAUCACCUUGGUCGGACCAUUUUCAUAAAUUUUACUGUGAAAAAGAUAAAGUGCAAAAGGCUAGAUGCAAAUAUUGUACUAGGGAAAUCAAAGCCGAUCCAAAAGUACAUGGAACUAGGCCUUUAAAGAACCACUUUGAAUCUUGCAAGAAUAAACCUCAUGAUGUUUCCACCAAUCAAACGAGAUUGUCUUUUCAAUCAAUUCGUUUAGGCGAAAAAGAGGCCCCGCUUGUCAAUUGGAGAUUUGAUCAAGAGAAAAUUAGAGAGGCUUUGUCUUAUAUGUUGGUUGUAGAUGAGCUCCCAUUUAAAACUGUUGAGAAUUCUGGAUUUAGACAUUUCAUGUCGGUGGCUUGUCCAAUGUUUGCUAUUCCAUCAAGAAGGACAAUAACAAAAGACAUUUUCCAUAUGUAUGUCAAUGAAAGAGCAAAAUUGAAGUCAUUUAUUAAGAAUCAUGCUCAAAGGGUUUGCAUUACAACAGACACUUGGACAUCUAUUCAGAAAGUCAAUUACAUGUGUCUCACUGCUCAUUUUAUUGAUGAUGAAUGGAAUUUACAUAAGAGAAUUUUGAAUUUUUGUCCAAUUAUCGGACACAAAAGUGAAGAAGUUAGUAGAGGUGUUGAGAAAUGUUUGCUUGAAUGGGGUAUUGAUAGGAUUUUUACGAUUACUGUUGAUAAUGCAUCUUCUAAUGAUGGAGCUAUGGUUUAUUUGAAAAAGAAACUUGAAAACUGGGGUCAAAAUAUUUUAGGUGGAAAAUAUGUGCACAUGAGGUGUAUAGCACAUAUAAUGAACCUUGUGGUUCAGGAUGGUUUGAAAGGGAAGGAUGAGCAUGAGGCAAUAUCUCGUAUUAGAGGGGCAGUUAGGUACGUGAGAAACUCUCCGGCUAGGUACAAAAAAUUUCAAGAAUGCGCUGAAUUUAUUGAAACAAAGAAGUUAUUGUCUCUUGAUGUACCUACCAGAUGGAAUUCCACCUAUUUGAUGUUAGAAGCUGCGACAUGUCUUAAAAGGGCAUUUGAUGCUUAUGAAGAUAUUGAUCUUGCUUAUAAGAAUGAUCUUUCAAAGAAACCAUUUGAUGGGGUUCCUAUUGAAUCUGAUUGGGAUAGGGCAAAGAUGCUAUUGAAGUUUUUGAAGCAUUUUUACAAUCUCACAUUGUGCAUUUUCGGUUCUUCAUAUGUCACAUCUAAUAUUGUGUUUUAUGAAGUAUGUGAAGUUGAUUUGCUUCUCCGACGAUGGUUGCAUAGUGAUGAUAUUGAAUUAAGUGAUAUGGCAAGAAAAAUGAAAGAAAAAUUUGACAAGUAUUGGGGAUCAAUUGAAAAGAUGAAUAUGGUUUUGUAUUAUGGUGUGAUACUUGAUCCACGUCACAAAUUGGGGUUUGUAGAAUUUUCCUUUGAUAAAUUAUAUGGUGGUAUUGGACAAAAUGAUGUAAUGAAAGAGAGGGUACGAGAUGGUCUUCAUGAGUUGUUCAAUGACUACAAGUUAAGAUAUGGACACGCUUUUCAAGGAACUUUAGAAAGCCCGGGUUCAUCGUCUAGUCGUGUUUCUUCAUCUUCUUCCUCAUCAAAAGAAAUGUUUAUGCAUGAUCAAGAGAGCGAGACUCGCAGGUUUUCUUUACAACAAAAGUACAUGAUGUACAUGACAGGAGGAAAAGAUCACGUGAAAUCAGAGUUAGAGAAGUAUCUCGGUGAGGAUGUUGAAGAGUAUAGGGAAAAGUUGAAGAAGGGAUUGUUUGCGUCAGCAUUAGCUAGAGAUCCUCCUGGAGACGUAGAACAAUUGAUGUACUUAGCUCGAAAGUAUAUCGACGAGGAAAUUAAUGGAAACAAGGACAGAGAAUGGGAUAGAGGUCAAGAUCGAGAUAGGCAAAUAUGA